AUGGCAAACGCAGUAAAGGUUCGCCGUUUGUCUCAGUACUUGAGCGUUCGAAUAAAAGGUAGUAAGAACACAUUAAAAGUAAACCUGAGCAAAGUACCGUCCAAUUAUGGCUACUAUACUUCUAGAUGUAACAGGUUGUAUAAUGAAGACAAUUUCAAUGUGGCAAUCAUAAACAGAGCUUUCCCGCCCAAAUCUGAGGUUACUAUUGCCAUUGGUGAUGAUGCAAAUGAAGAACUAGAUAAUAGAGCCGACGAUAAGUUGGUUCCCUUUGAAAAGGAGAACGAUAAAGUGGACGGUAAAAUGGUCAAGGUGUUUAACUUUAACAUUUUUGAUGGACAUGGAGGGGAUGAGUGUAGUCGAUAUUUGGCUACUCAUUUAAGUGACAACAUAGAAAAUUAUAAGAUAAGCAGUGGGUCAAUCGAGAAGCUUUUCAAAGGAUAUGUCAAGUCUAUUGGUGGAUAUUGGCGUAGAUGGUACAAAAGAUUGAAUCGCCAUCUCUCUGAAGUUUUGAAAUGUGAUCUUGAUGAAGGCAAAGACUUUAAUUAUGAGUCUCCCAAUCAAAAGAAUACGAUCAAACAAUUGUACACGAAUAGUUCUGAAAACAAGCCUAUAUGGCAGUCGAAAAGUAUCAUGGAAUCACUGAACAGUCAUGACUAUUUUAUCUUACAAGUUUACUUAUCGUUUCUUUACACAGAUUAUCAAUUCCUAACACACGAACAUGAUCCGGAAAAGAAUGGGCACCACUCAGGGUCGACCUGUUCAAGCGUUUUUCUUUACACUUUAGAUCCAAACCCUGGCAUUGUUCUUCAAGCUACCGAUUUCUCUCAUGUGAAAACGGGUAAUGACAGAGGUGACAAUCUGCCCUUUGAUGAUGUAUUCUUCUAUGAACAGAACGCGUUGAGUAAGCUAGUGGUUGCUCAUGUUGGAGAUACAAGAGUAGUGUUGUGUGAUAAAAACGGACUGGCCCACCCACUAACACAUAGCCACCACCCUUCUAAUCCAAUCGAAAGCAGACGUCUUUCAAGGUUUUCUGCAGGGUUAAUGAUGACGGAUUCUUUUGGAGAAGAAAGGUUCAUCAACUUUGCCAAUACUAGAUCGUUUGGAGAUCUUACAGCCAAAAACAAGGGGGUGUCCGCAGAGCCUGAAAUAUCCCAAUACCUCAUAGGAAAUUCGACUAAACUGCAAGCAUACAAAGAUCAAAAUUCUGAUUUGAUUGCAAGUAAAGAGAUACGAGACUUUGGAGGGAAUGAGUGCUUUUUAGCACUUGUAACCGAUGGAGUCACAGAUCACUUAUCAGACCAGGAGAUUGUAGAUUUGGUCAUGACAACUACCAAUAAUAAAGGACUUUUGAGAGGAACACCUCAUGAGGCUGCCAAAGAAGUCAUUAAAUUCGUGGAGUGCGUUGGAGGUGAUGACAAUGCCACAUGUAACAUAAUCAAAUUGAACGGUUGGGGUAAUUGGCCGAUGAUGGACCGAACGGGUAAGCUAAGAGAGGACAAAAUGAUGCAAGGCGGAAGAGCAAGGUUAGAUAGGUAG